AUGAUUUCUGCACGGACUGCGGUGUUUGGUACCUACGCGUAUACUUUUAGAUACCGAAUCGAAGUUCGUCUCGUCCCACUCGAUGCGGGACCCCAAGCUUAUUUUCACCAGCCGAGUCGGAAAUUAGAAUUACCUUUUUUUACCACCCUAGCUCAACAUGGGCAACAAAACGAGACCAGCGCGCUUACACUCAGCAUUCAUCAAUUUUACGCACAGAUGAUCUAUUCAACAUCAACCUUUUUACGCGAUUUUGUUCUGCGAAUUAUAAUUAUUGCCCCGGGAAAUAAAAUCGUUGAUGGACUCCACAACGUUCUUUUUUCUGCCAAGAAUUGAGCUGAUGAAGCGCUUUUUUCUUUGGACAAACUCACAUAUUCGCUUUGAUGUUGUGCACGAGUAGUAAGAAAGUAAUCGCGACCUGGAAACGCAAAAACCCCUAAAGAACUCUGUGGUCGUGCACCGGGCCGCUACAAUCUAUCUUCACAGCGUGCCGGUGAUUUGGCGUUUUGGUAAAAGUGUGCCCACUUUAAGUUACUCACUUUUUUUGCCCGAGAAAACAGUACCCACCCGAAACUGUAACACCUGAAAACUCAUGAUCAUAGAUAUCCGUCCAAGACCUCCGAGGAAAACCGCUUUUGCUUUGCAAGGACGGUAUAUUUCUCGGAAAAAAAACCAAAAAAACUUUUCUAGCAAGUAAGGAACCAACUCGAGGUUCUGCCUCCCCUUAAAACCAGACUUCGACGGAUGAAAAUGAAA